GAGAAAAACAUUAUGUAAAUGCAUUUUAUUGUUGUUUUGUUAACUAAGACUUUUAUAAAAACAAAACAAUAUGUUCAAACCCUGUCCAGUGGUGGAAUAAUCCAAACUCAAUCCGAAGGCCACAGGGGAUUGGAAAAUAAUAUCCCCCGGAAAGGGGCCAAACAGCGCGGAAAACGUCUGUAUCAAACCCUUACUAUGGUCCCGGAACCACUUAUGAUAACACUGAAAUGCUGUUGAGUUUAUGGAGAGUAAAAUAAAAUGUUGCAGUGCCAUAAUUUUAAAUGGUGGAUAGUUUCUUAGGGGAACGCUUAAAAUUGAAAGAGUGCAAGCGCAUGCGCUAUGUGAUUACACACGAACACAAAAUCAACACUAGCUAAACAUUCGCUAGCUGAGUAGCUAGCUACACUUUUUAAACAUUUCAGUACAUCUGUUUUUAGAAACAUAAUGGCAGCAAGAUAUGACAGGGCGAUCACUGUGUUUUCUCCCGACGGUCACCUUUUUCAGGUGGAAUAUGCACAAGAGGCUGUGAAGAAAGGCUCCACUGCUGUAAGUUUGUGACGCUAAGCUAACGUUAGCUGUGUCAUUUAGCUACGUAGCUAGCAAGCUAAUUUAUGAUAAGAUAGCUAGUUAACGUAACAUUGUGAUGCUGUUGAUGGAGCAAAUUGCUAGCCAUAACUACUACUAACAUUAGCUAACUAUCAUGUUCUGUUGUUGAAUGCAAUAUGGAAUAUUUACUUGAAUUUCAGUGAGAUUACUUAGCUAGCGUCGAACUACUUAACUGUUUAAUUUCCCCAUUCAUUCCUAAUUUAGGUGGGCAUCAGGGGCAAAGACAUUGUUGUCCUUGGAGUUGAGAAGAAGUCCGUCGCCAAACUACAGGAGGAAAGAACAGUCCGCAAGAUCUGCGCCUUAGACGACCAUGUUUGCAUGGCAUUCGCAGGUAUCUAGCUAGCUAACUACAUCUUCAUUAAUUUGUUUGACAUUGCAUGUUGUUGCAUCAUAUCUUGAUCACCAGACGUAGCUACUUUAACAUUGUCUAGCAAGAACAGUUCGUGUAAUAGCUGUUUCCAUAGGUAAAGCGUUGUCUAGGGAGGUACUUUCUGCCCUUUGUCUGGUUUCAAUAUUGUUUGGUUUGAUGUGGCUCAUAACCCAACCAGCUGAACGUUUCGGUCUUAGUUUCUCUUAUUUAACCAGUUGUCUACCUCUGUCAGGUCUGACAGCAGAUGCCCGCAUUGUGAUCAACAGAGCUCGGGUGGAGUGCCAGAGUCACAGGCUCACUGUGGAGGACCCAGUCACCGUUGAGUACAUCACACGACACAUAGCCACCCUGAAACAGGUACGUUACACACCACCUCUCCAACUAACAGCCCCUAACGACUUGCUAUUGCCAGCCAUGACACAGACAGACACCACUCAAUUUAACAAUUAGACAGACUUCACUAAAACAGGAAGUAACAGUCCUCCAAUAGUCUUUCUCUCAUAUGUGCACAAUCAAGAGAUAGCUUGUGUAAGACUUUUGUUUUAAUGUGAGGGGAAGCAAUUUGUCAGGCACUUGCAACAAUUGAAAAUAUUUUACUGAGUUACAGUUCAUAUAAGGAAAUCAGUCAAUUGAAAUAAAUUCAUUAGGCCAUAAUCUAUGGAUUUCACAUGACUGGGAAUACAGAUAUCCAUCAGUUGGUCACAGAUAACUUUUUAAAAAAGGUAGGGGCAUGGAUCAGAAAACCAGUCAAUAUCUGGUGUGACCACCAUUUGCCUCAUGGAGCAUGACACAUCAACUUCGCAUAGUGUUGAUCAAGCUGUUGAUUGUGCCCUGUGGAAUGUUGUCCUACUCCUCUUCAAAGGCUGUGUGAAGUUGCUUGAUAUUGGCGAGAACUUGAACACGCUGUCGUACACGUCGAUCCAAAGCAUCCCAAAUAUGCUCAAUGGGUCACAUGUCUGGUGAGUAUGCAGGCCAUGGAAGAACUGGGACAUAUAUUUUCAGCUUCCAGGAAUUUUGUUCAGAUCUUUGCCACACGGUGCCGUGCAUUAUCAUGCUGAAAUGCAAUUGUGUUCGUUGUCCUUAGCUUAUGCCUGACAAUACCAUAACCCCACCAUGGGGCACUCUGUUCACAACGUUGAUAUCAGCAAACUGCUCGCCCACACGACACCAUACAUGUGGUCUGCGGUUGUGAGGCCAGUUGGACGUACUGCCAAAUUCUCUAAAAUGACGUUGGAGCUGGCUUAUGGUAGAGAAAUUAACAUUGCAAUUCUCUGGUAACAGCUCUGGUGGACAUUCCUGCAGUCAGCAUGCCAAUUGCACGCUCCCUCAACUUGAGACAUCUGUGGUAUUGUGUUGAGUGACAAAACUGCACAUUUUAGAGUGGCCUUUUAUUGUCCCCAGCAGAAGGUACACCUGUGUAAUGAUCAUGUGUUUCAUCAGCUUCUUGAUAUGCCACACCUGUCAGGUGGAUGGAUUAUCUUGGCAAAGAAGAAAUGCUCACUAACAGGGAUGUAUGGAAAAUGUGUGGGAUCUUUUAUUUCAGCUCAUGAAACAUGGGACCAACACUUUACAUGUUGCGUUUAUAUUUUUCUUCAGUGUAGUUACCUGUCCAAAAUUGCAAUCCCAAAUGUAACUUUUGGAUUACCCAAACUAAGUAACGUAAUCUGAUUACAUUCAGGCGCAGGUUAGUAGCUGGCACAGCCACAAAGUCAUAAAAUCUGACUUUAAACCUAAUGGCCAAUUUUGGCCCAUCUAUGGGAAAUCGCUCAGUUCUGCCUUAAGGACAAGACUCAUCCCAAUAAACGUCAACCUGCUUAAGAGGCAUUAGGAGACCAAAAUGUAUAUUACCAAUUGAGCGACAUCUAUUGCAGGAUAAAUCAGUGUUAGUGUUUACAGACCUGGCCAUAAAUGGAUGUUGCAUUUUACUUUACGGGUUGGUUGUGUAGGCUUCUUCUAAAACAUUGCUUUCCAUAACAGGUAAUACGAUUAGGCUUUACAUAAAACCAACAGUCUGUCAGAUUUCCAGUCGUUCCAAUUAAUUUAAUACCCCUUGAUCUUCAAGAAUAGGACUUGGAAAUAUAGAUUAGCCAAAUUGUUUUACCUGAUCAUAACCCAAAACUAAGGACUAAUUAGCCUAAUAUGUUGUUUUUGAUUUUGUUGUCAUAGAGGACUGAUUGGGCUUCGAGUUGAAAAAGAAAUGCUGCUCUCGGAAUGGCAUGCUUUGAUUACUACCGAAAAGUGCUAUUUGCAUGUGAAAAUCUAGAUGGUACAUUUCCAUGAAGAAAAUAAAAGCCCCACUUGUGGUCUUCUUAAAUUAAACUUGUUUUUGACAGUAUGGGGCACAGUACCAUGGGGGAGUUUAAAAGGGAGGAACUCAAACUUUUAUUCCAUAGGCUGGGAUCCGCACUAUGCAGCUGUUGCAAGAGCACAUUUUUCACUGGCUGUCCACUGGGGCGUAUUCAUUACUCCGAUUGUGUUGCAACAUUUUUCUUCAACAGAAGCAAACUGAAUGAAACUGGGAGGGACCGUUCAUAUGAUACCUCCAGUGGGAGGGACCUACUUGAAUUUGUCCAAUAGAAACUUGCGUUUUGCUCUGUUUGCUUCCGGUUUGGUUCUUAAACGGUUUCCGUAAUUAAUAUACCCCUGGUCGCAAAAACAAUGAUUGAUAAGCAGCUUAAACUUCUUAAAUUCAACCAUUAUUGGGUUAAAAUACACAUAUACAUUAGUGAACAGCCAUCCACAACAACUACAAUCUGUAAGUUUGCAGACGACACAACAGUAGUAGGCUUGAUUACCAACAAUGAUGAGACCGCCUACAGGGAGGAGGUGAGGGCUCUGGGAGUGUGGUGCCAGGAAAAUAACCUCUCACUCAACGUCAACAAAACAAAGGAGAUGAUCGUGGACUUCAGGAAACAGCAGAGGGCGCACCCCCCUAUCCACAUCGACGGGACGGCAGUGGAGAAGAUGGAAAGCUUCAAGUUCCUUGGCAUACACAUCACUGACAAACUGAAAUGGUCCACCCACGCAGACAGUGUGGUGAAGAAGGCGCAACAGAGCCUCUUCAACCUCAGGAGGCUGAAGAAAUUUGGCUUGGCACCUAAAACACUCACAAACUUUUACAGAUGCACAAUUGAGAGCAUCCUGUCGGGCUGUAUCACCGCCUGGUACGGCAACCGCAGGGCUCUCCAGAGGGUGGUGCGGUCUGCCGAACGCAUUACCGGGGGCAAACUACCCGCCCUCCAGGACACCUACAGCACCCGACGUCACAGGAAGACCAAAAAGAUAAUCAAGGACAUCAACCACCCGAGGCACUGCCUGUUCACCCCGCUAUCAUCCAGAAGGCGAGGUCAGUACAGGUGCAUCAAAGCUGGGACCGAGAGAAUGAAAAACAGCUUCUAUCUCAAGGCCAUCAGACUGUUAAAUAGCCAUCACUAGCACAUUAGAGGCUGCUGCUGCCUAUUGAAAUCACUGGCCACUUUAAGAAAUGGAACACUAGUCACUUUAAUAAUGUUUACAUAUCUUGCAUUACUCAUCUCAUAUGUAUAUACUGUAUUCUAUAAUAUUCUACUGUAUCUUAGUCCAUGCCGCUCUGUCAUUGCUUGUCCAUAUAUGUAUAUAUUCUUAAAUUCCAUUCCUUACUUAGAUUUGUGUGUAUUGGGUAUAUGCUGUGAAAUGGUUAGAUAUUACUUGUUAGAUAUUACUGCACUGUCGGAGCUAGAAGCACAAGCAUUUCGCUACACCCGCAAUAACAUCUGCUAAACACGUGUAUGUGACAAAUACAAUUUGAUUUAAGGCGCAAAUAAAUGAGAGCAGUAGUGUGAUUUACAUUUUAGUCAUUAUAGCAGACACUCUUGUCCAGAGCGACUAACAGUUAGUGAGAGCAUACAUUAUUUUUCAUACUGGCCCCCCGUGGGAAUCGAACCCACAACCCUGGCGUUGCGAACGCCAUGCUCUACCAACUGAGCUACACUGGACAUCAAUGCGCUAUGUAGCUUAGAUAUCAAUAAUAAAAAUAUCAGUAUCGCUCAUAGGUUACGUACCACUGCUGUAGUCCUUAACUCCAAGCGUUUAUUCAAGUUGGAUCAUCUUUGGAUGCCUACAGCAGUCGCACCAUUGGAAGACAUACAGUAGCUUGGACUGUUGCCUACAAAAAGCCUAUUCCUGCUCUUUUCCCACGAUCCAUCAAACACAUUUGGUGUGUCAUACUGGUCUUUGAUUUGUGGUCAGACUCGUUCAGGCAGAACAAACGUAAACUUGUGCCUUUUUUCAAUGCUGAUUUGAAUGUCAUUGAGAAAAGAAAUGUACAAAAAAAUUAACUGAAUUUAAAAGUAACCCUAGAAGUAAUCUAGUUUUUCAAAAGUAUCUAAUCUGAUUACAAUAUUUUAGCUGGUAACAGAUUACAGUAAUUUUUUUUGCAAUCCGUUACUCGCCAAACCUGCAUGCAAGGCUACCUUGGACCCAGUUUGGUAGAGUAAACUAGAGUUCAUAUGAUACUUGACUGUUUGUUUAUUUUCAUUGAAAGCCAGCUUUUUAUCUUCUUCUGUAGCGUUACACUCAGAGUAAUGGACGCAGACCGUUUGGCAUCUCAGCGUUGAUCGUGGGUUUUGACUACGAUGGGACCCCCAGGCUCUAUCAGACUGACCCCUCAGGAACAUACCAUGCAUGGAAGGUCAGCCAAUCCACAAAAAUACCUCACCUUUCUCCACAGAUAAAUAUGUUUAAUGUUUUUCACAGCCAUGAUGAUUCUCUGAAGUGUAUCGUUGCAAAAAUUAGAUUUUCUUUGUCUUAAUUGUGAGGUCUGUUUUUUAAAUCAACAUUAGCUAUUGAACUGUAUUUAAAACCAUAAAUACAGCUCAAUUGGUAUUUUAUUGUUUUAAAAAUACUCAGUUACUGAAUUGUUACCCAUCCCUUUGUUCAGGCAAAUGCAAUUGGCCGCAGUGCUAAGACAGUGAGGGAAUUCCUGGAGAAGAACUACACAGACGAAGCCAUCGCCACUGACAACGAGGCGAUAAAGCUGGCAAUCAAAGCCUUGCUUGAGGUGAGGUCAAACAGUCAUUUUUAUACUCAACUCCAAACCGACCCCCUAACCCCUACUUCCUACUCCCUAGGCACUUCUGUAGAUCUGAGACAGUUACAUUUGUGUAUUCAAUAUGGCCACAAAUGCAGCUAUUAGCGUAUUCAAUCCAUUGUGUACAUUUACCUUUUGAACUAUGUUUACAGGUGGUUCAGUCUGGUGGGAAGAACAUUGAGCUUGCUGUGAUCAGAAGAAACCAGCCACUGAAGGUAACCUCACCAAAGAGUUUGGUGCUCUGAUCCCAGUAUUUACUGCGUUACAUUAUAGUAAUUUAGCAGACGCUCUUAUCCAGAGCGACUUACUUUACAAAUGUAUUUGUCUAUGGGCUAAUUGCUUCUUUUUUUUGCUCCAUGUAGUUACUGGAGUCCAAAGAAAUUGAGACCCUGGUGGCUGAGAUCGAGAAAGAGAAGGAAGAGGAGGCAGAGAAGAAAAAACAGAAGAAAUCUACUUGA